CCACUGGCAUAGCAUUCAGUACAGCAAUUCAUUUUUCAAUUCAACGAGUCUCCAACUCCGUCAGUUCCGUCACGAGAAAAUGGAUCUCCCUCUCUCUCAAACCCGUCGGCCGCCCAGCUCGCCGUCGUCACCGCCAAUCCUCCCCGACGAAAUCAUGGCGGAAGUCCUCUCCUUCCUUCCUGUCAAAUCUCUCAUUCAAAUGAAAUGUGUUAGUAAGUUCUUCAACUCCCUCAUUUCCGAUCCCACCUUUAUCAAAAUUCAUCUCCGUCGAUCCGCUCGAAACCCUCAACUCACACUCGUCUCUGGAAAUUCCGUAGCAGAUUUCCGUUUCGUCACUCUCCCUAUAAACAGUUUUCUCGACAAUCCUCUGAUCACCAUUCCGGAGAAGCCUUUCCAUCAGUUGUUGGAUACUGUCCAUUACUGGUUGGUUGGUUCUUGUAACGGAUUGCUCUGUUUUGCUCAUUAUGAUAGUUUCACUAAUAGUUAUAGAGAUUGCUGGCUCAAUUUCUAUAAUCCAGCUACAAAUGCUUUAUCUAAGAAAUUAGGCCAUUUUAAGGAUUAUUGCAAGCAUCGUUAUUUCUUCUCUAGAUAUGCAUUUGGUUAUGAUAAUUUAACUGAUAAUUAUAAAGUAGUCGCUUUACGAGUGGUUGGUGGUGACGAAGAAAUUGGUGACACUGAAACUCAAUUGAGAACACAGGUGAGAGUUUUUAGUGUGGCUGAUAAUGUUUGGAGAGAUAUUCAAGAUUUUCCGGUUGGUCCUCUCCGGUUAACUCUUCCAAGUGAGAACCAUGGUGUUUAUUUAAAUGGUAGUCUUAAUUGGCUGGCGCUGCGUAAUUGUUACUCUGCGGAUAGGUUUUAUCAUAGUUAUGAUAUUACUCUUGAUCAAUUUGUGAUCAUUUCACUUGAUUUGGGUGCUGAGAGACAUGUGCAGUUAAUGCCGCCUCGCGGUUUGGAUGAAGUGCCGCUUAUUGAGCCGACUAUUUCUAUGUUAAUGGAGUCUCUUUGUUUUUGUUAUGAUUUCAAACAAACUUGUUUGGUUAUAUGGCAGAUGAAGGAAUUUGGGGUUGGAGAGUCUUGGACUCAACUCUAUAGAAUUAAAUAUCAAAAUCUUCAACACACUGGAUGCUGGUUGCCUUUGCACAUUUAUGAGAAUAAGAAUACUUUGGUAUUGGCAAACAAGCGAGGCCUGCUAGCUAUAUAUGAUUGGGAAAAUAAUAGAGUAGAGAUAGUUACCAAUAAACCGAGAUGGGCCUUUUGCAAGGAUUAUGUUGAAAGUUUGGUUUCAGUUCGAUGAAAAUCAACAACCCCAAAUUCAAGCACAUCUGGUGCUAUAGUAUUGAUAGAACAUGGUGGAGUGCUUGGAAGAAAAAGGAUGAUGCUUAAUGGAACAAUGGAUAAUUUCAUCAGGGACAUCAGCAAUAACUAGAGUGGUAAUUGGAAGGCUUUGGGGGCUACAACUUAUCACUUGCUUUGGUAUUGGAGGAGCCAAAGAAUGUAUGUGGAUGAUUGUGUCAUGCCGCAUAACUUAGCAAAAGAUAUUGAGGAUAAGGUGCAGUAUUACUUUAGGAGCUUAGAGCUGAACAACAAGAUUGCAGCAAGGAAGAAAGAGGUGAAGCAAGUUCAUUGGAGUCCUGUUAGUGGUGACUGGACAACUCUCAACUCGGAUGGGUCAGUAAAUCAUGCUGGCUUGGCAAGCUGUGGAGGCUUAAUGAGGAGCAGUGAUGACACUUGGAUUCAGGGAUUCACUAAGACACUUGGGAGCAGGUACGAAUUUACUUCAGCUUAUCAUAAGGGAGCUUCAAAAAGUGUUGGAGUUUUGCAUUUUUCAUGUGUAUCGAGAGGCGAAUUGCAGUGCCAACUCUUCCUAAAAUGGGAAGUAGUAAUAGAAUUGGUUCAGCUUAUUUUGAUAAUUGCCCUCAAGAUGUUGUGGUGCAUUAUGUAGCGGAUAAAAUUGGGAGUUCCUCUAUGAGAACUGUGUAACUCUCUUCUUUUUCGGGCUCCGGCCCUCAUCAAUCACAAAUAAAAAAAGUUGCAAUAUACUAAACUUACUGUUUAGAUGAUUAUUGGUAAUUAUGUGAAAAGGCUUGUUUUGUUUUUA